CGGUGAUCGCACAGUGUCCAGGACAAGGAGACAGAGACUGGCGUAUGCUACAGAUUUCCUCUGCUCAUCCAGCUCCCAGUUUUUCCACCGUAUUUUCUCAGGCUGCUUGUCAUUGCCUGGACUCGGAUCCCGGAAUCUUCAUGAUUUGCGGACACCAUGCUCGUUUUUUAGCCGGGGAAACCUCUUUUCGUCCCGCAUGUUUAGGACCAAACGAUCGGGGCUCGUCCGGCGACUCUGGAGGAGCCGUGCGCCCGUGGAGGGCGACGGGGAGGCGGAUAGAGGAGGAGGAGGAGGAGGAGGAGGAGGAGGCGGCGGCGGGACGCAUGGCUCCGGGGUCUGCUGCAUGGGCAAAGCGACAAAGGUGGCCAAGUCCAACGCCGGGUCGGAGGCUGAAUUAAAGGCGUUGACCCACUCGAUACUGAAAAAGAUCAAAGAGAAACAAUUAGAGGUGCUGUUGCAGGCGGUGGAGUCCAAGGGGGGUGCCCGAAGCCCCUGCUUGCUCCUGCCCAGCAAAGUGGACGCCAAAGUGGGUCAACAGUCUUACUCUCUUCCCAUGCUGCUCUACAAAGUGUUCAGGUGGCCGGACCUCAGGCAUUCCUCGGAGCUGAAGAGGCUGUCUUGCUGUGAAUCCUACGGGAAAAUCAACCCAGAGCUCGUUUGCUGCAACCCGCACCACAUGAGCAGGCUUUGUGAACUAGAGUCUCCUCCUCCUCCAUAUUCGCGCUAUCCCAUGGAUUAUCUUAAACCACCAGAUUCUCCAGACUCUGGACCUUCAUCCAGUGACACUGGGGGAACCACAUACUCGGCCCCUGUGGGGCUUUCAGAUUCCCUAGCGAUGCAGGAGUCUGGCGAACGGGCCCAUUGGUGCGUGGUGGCAUACUGGGAGGAGAAGACACGUGUCGGGCGCCUCUACUCAGUCCAGGAGCCCUCUCUGGACAUCUUCUACGAUCUACCUCAGGGGAACGGCUUCUGCCUGGGCCAGCUUUGCUCCGACAACAAGUCCCAGCUGGUGCAGAUGGUGCGGGCCAAGAUUGGCUAUGGCAUCCAGCUAACGCGCGAGCCAGACGGGGUGUGGGUCUACAACCGCAGCUGCUACCCCAUCUUCAUUAAGUCGGCCACACUGGACAACCCGGACUCGCGCACGCUGCUGGUGCACAAGGUGUUCCCAGGUUUCUCCAUCAAAGCUUUUGACUAUGACAAGGCCUGCAGCCUACAGAGGCCCAACGACCACGAGUUCACGCAGCAGCCUCGCACAGGCUUCACGGUCCAGAUAAGCUUCGUGAAAGGCUGGGGACAGUGCUACACAAGACAGUUCAUCAGUAGCUGCCCGUGUUGGCUGGAAGUCAUCUUCAACACCCGAUAGCAGCAGCUUUCCUCUUCUUUUCCCUCCCCAUUGCCUCUUCUGCCCCAGUCCCCCCCAACACACACAAACGGACUUCACUAAUUGACCUUUUUUUUUGUUCAAACAGAGAAAAGGUUUUAAAAGAAGAAGGAGUAUAAAGUUCUGACCGACUUUGUUUAAUAAAUGACUAAGAUUUAAUUAAAUAAAAUAAGAAGUGAAAAAUGUAUUUUAUGUUAUAUAUAAAUAUAUUAUUAAUUGUAAAUAUGAAGACAUUUUAUAUGCAUCAUUAUUUAUGUAUUGUGCAAUGUGUUGAUGAGAAAAAGAAAAUAAGAUGCACUUUGCUUAAUAUAAAUGCAAAACAAAGAAAUGCCAAAAUAAAAAAAAAAAAAUCCAAAUAA